ACGGUAUUAUCUUCCUCUAAAAACAUAAAUAACCAGUUUUAGAGUGCAGAUAUUUCUGUGUCUUUGCAACAGAGCGUGGGGGUUACACUUGUCUUUUAAUUGGUUUCUCAGGGUGCUGCUGGUGUUUUAUCUUCAGCUGUGGAUGGCUGAAUGGUGAGCCGUAAAAAAAGAAAAAGAAAGGAAGCUUCCCCUGGCAGGCAUCUUCCCCCUCAGUCAGUCUGACCGCCCACAGUCCGGGGGGAGAAAGUGCUGCUUUGUGAAUGAAGGGAGCGGCGGAGGGCAGAAAACAAACUUUACCAAAACCAUUUCCGACGUUUUCACUUCCAACCGGACACGUUUCGACGGUGCAACAGGCGACACCUGGCCGACGAGCAGCGAAGAAAAGACGAAGCUCCCCUGCUGAGGUUAUUUCGGAGAAGCUGUAAAUCAUGGUGGUCAGUCUGGCCUGUGUGGCCUGUCUCUGCCUGGUGGUGGUAGUCCGAGGCGACCCCUGCCUCAUCAUCAGCGAGAUCAACGCCGACAACCCCCGACUGGACACCACUGAGUUCGUGGAGUUGUAUCACACGAGUGGACAACGCUCCUCCCUGGACGGCUACACCCUGGUGUUCUUUAACGGAAACGGAAACAUAGCCUACAAGGUGCUGGACCUCAAAGGCCACAGCACAGACGACAGGGGGUUCUUCCUGGUGGGCUCGGUGGACAUGUUGCCCAAACCCGCCAUCCUCCUGCCUCCCAACACCGUCCAGAACGGGCCCGACGCCAUCGUCCUCUACCACACGUCUGCAUCUCGCUACAACGAGAAGAUGAACGUCACCGCCUUCGGAAUGGUGGACGCCGUGGUGUACAUGACCCGGCGCACUGGAGGGGCGGAGUUCCUCGCUGAGACUCUGACGCCAGGUGAGCCGGCGUUUGUGGAGGAUGAAUCGACCCUGGAGGGGGACGAGUCCAUCGAGAGGUGCCUGCUGUCUGAAGAUCGCUGGGGCUUCCAGGUGUCCUCCCCCUCCCCGGGUCAGAGGAAUAACUGCACCCCUCCUGCCGCUCCAGCCACCAUCCCUGUGAUCACCGAGCUGAAGCUGGGAGGAGGGCAGGUGGACGGCUUCGUGGAGCUGACGGAGGCUCCGGCUGCGGGUCCUCUGGCGCUGGUUGUGUUGGACGGGAGAACGGACAGGGUCAGCGUGAGCGUGGACGUGAACUUGGAAACAUCCAGGAACGGGUUGAUCUCUGUGAACAUAGAGAAGAGCUUCAUGAAAGGAGAUGAUUCUGGGGCAGUGGCUAUUUACAGUGGCAGAGCCGUGGACUUCCCCCUGGGCAGUCCACUGAGCCAGAUUCAGCCUCUAGAUGCGUUUGUGUUUGCUGGACCUGGAAACAAGCCAAGCGCCAACCUCACUGAGACUCUCAUCCCCGGCAGAGAGCCCUACCAACUCAGCAACAGUUUAAGAGAGGGGGGCUACUAUCUGAGUCGCUGUGGUGUGGCCACCUGGGCCAGAGACCCUGGUGUCUUCUGGGAGGCCCCGCAGACCCCAGCUCAGCCAAACCAGUGCCCCUGGCCAAAGAUCUGCCCGCACAGCAUGGUGACUCCAGGAGGCACCGAUUCCCCUCCCCACCUCCCACCCUGGGGGAACAGUGACUUCCUGAUCAACGAGCUGAACACGGACACCCCCGGCGCCGCUGAGGACGGCGAGUACAUCGAGCUGUGGCACCCGUCGGGGCGCCGGGUGUCCCUGCAGGGCAUCUGGAUCCUGCUGUUCAGCGCGCACAACAACAAACCCUACAGGGAGAUCAGCCUGAGUGGACACUACACCACCUCUAAGGGCUACUUCCUGCUGGGCAGUGACAGGCUGGUGCCGGCCCCGUCGCUCCGCCUGCCCCCCAACACCAUCCAGAACGGGCCUGACGCUGUGGCGCUGUAUCGAAGCCCCUACGGCCCGCCGUCCGCCUCACAGAGGGGCAUCCCCACCAAAGGGCUCAUGGAUGCGGUGGUGUACCGGCAGAGGGGGUCGGAUAAGGAGGCGCAGGAUCUGAGUAAAGCUCUGACCCCGGGACAGCUCCCUCUGCUGGAGGACCCCGAGGUUCUGCCCGGAGACGAGGCCCUCAGUCGCUGCAGGGGCCUCUACCCGUACGACCUGUCCGCUUUCUCAGUGGCUCCGCCCACCCCUCUGAGGGAGAACAUCUGCCCCCGCCCGCCUCCCGCCCCUGAGGGUGUGGUCAUCAGCGAGGUGGCGAGCAGCCAUUGGACCAAUCACAACCAGCAGAGGAGCUUUGUGGAGCUGCACGGCCCCCCCAGGACGGACCUGCGGGGCCUGGUGCUCUCCGUGUUCGAUCAGGAGCACAGCGGCACCGUCAUCGCGAUGCCUCUCACCGGCUCUGUGGACGACGAUGGACUCUACGUGGUGGGAAAUGUCACCGGAGCAGGCUACAUCACUGAGCACGAUCAGUGUUUUUAA